CAAACGUCAGAAACGUCAAAACGAAAAUGUUCCGACGGAUCGUCCAGCAGCACUACGCGCCAGCGAUCGGUCGUCGGAGCAUGACACACGAAGCGCGUAUCCGCAACAAGGGCGUGGCGCUACUGUCUGGAUUGGACCUCCAGCUCGGUGGGUCCCUCAGUGAGGUACAAGUCACGUACGAGCAGUGGGGCGACCAAACCCUCGACGACGACCGCACGAUUGUGAUCUUCCCGUCGUUUUCGCAUUCGUCCCACGCCGCGUCCAACCGUGACGACCCUCGUCCUGGCUGGUGGGAAAACAUGAUUGGGCCUGGUAAAGCCAUCAACACGUCCGCGUUCCGCGUCAUUUGCCCGUCUGUGCUCGGAAGUCCGUACGGGUCGACAUCGCCGUUGACGAUCGAUCCCACGACUGGCAAACCGUAUCGAGGCACGUUUCCCCAAAUUACACCCGCGGACAUGGCCAAGGUGCAUGCCAAGCUUCUGGACUACCUUGAAGUCGGCCGUGUCCACGCAGUCGUCGGCGGCAGCAUGGGCGGCAUGCAGGCCGUGCAAUUUGCAUCUCUUUUCCCCGACCGGUUGGACCGCCUCAUCGCCAUCUCAUGCACGGCGCAAACGACGCCAGGCACAGUCGCGUUCCGCCGCGUGCAGCGCCUUGCCAUCCUCUCCGACCCAGCGUACAACGACGGAAACUAUGUCCCUGGCGUGCCACUGCCUGGCAUGCGCGUGGCGCGGGAGCUCGGCAUGACGUGCUAUCGCUCUCGCGAAGAGUUUGAUUCGCGCUUUGACUGGAAUCCGUCGGGCUCGACGCACUUCAAGGACGUCACGUUUGACGUUGAGAAUUACAUGGAGUACCAGGCGGCAAAGUUCGCGCGCGUGUUCGACCCAAAUUGCUACCUCGUGCUGUCGAAAGCCAUGGAUCUGACCAACGUCGGGCACGGGUACUCCAACUUGGCGGCAGGCGUCGGCCAGAUCAAGAGCGACACGCUAGUGAUCGGCGUCAACCAGGACCUCCUCGUGCCGCCCACUGAACAAGCCACGAUUGCCAACAUCCUCGAGUCGUUCGACGUGCCAGUGACUUUGAAUCUCCUCAACUCCAAGUACGGCCACGACGCCAUGUUCCAUCCCCAGAUGCAAACGGUGAUCUUUGCCCCGCUGGUACAAGCGCACGUGGAAAAAGGACUGGAAACGCUGGACCACGAGCAGCAGCGAUACAGCAACUUGUAAUUAUAUUGGAAAUACAUGGUGUUUGGGA